CAUUGAUUGCACCGAGUUGCGGCGGCGGCGGCAGCAGCAGCAGUAGCAGCAGGAUGCCGGCGGCUGCUGGCGACGGGCUCCUGAGCGAGCCCCCCGCGGCGAGCUUCGGCGACGGCGGCGACGAGCCCACGACGCCUCCCCUCAGUCCCGAGGGGACGUUCCUGGCCGCCUGGGUCAACGCGGCCGCGUCCCGGGAGCGGCUCCGCGAGUUCCAGCACACAAAGCGCGUGGGCAAUUACCUGAUCGGAAGGAAGUUGGGCGAGGGGUCCUUCGCCAAAGUGCGGGAAGGGCUGCACGUCGUGACCGGAGAAAAGGUGGCAGUGAAAGUUAUUGAUAAGAAAAGAGCCAAAAAGGACACCUAUGUCACCAAGAAUCUGAGGCGGGAGGGACAGAUCCAGCAGAUGAUCCGACACCCUUACAUUGCUCAGCUGCUGGAUAUCUUGGAAACGGAAAACAGCUACUACCUUGUUAUGGAGCUGUGCCCAGGAGGCAACUUGAUGCACAAAAUCUAUGAGAAAAAGAGGCUGGAAGAGCAUGAAGCACGCAAAUACAUCCGGCAGCUUAUCUUGGCUGUUGAACACCUGCAUCGUGCAGGGGUGGUUCACAGAGAUUUGAAGAUAGAAAAUCUCUUGCUUGAUGACGACAACAAUAUAAAGCUUAUUGACUUUGGCUUGAGCAACUGUGCAAGUAUCUUGGGAUACUCUGAUCCAUUCAGCACGCAGUGCGGUAGUCCAGCCUACGCAGCACCAGAGCUGCUUGCAAGAAAAAAAUACGGUCCCAAAAUAGAUGUUUGGUCCAUUGGUGUGAAUAUGUAUGCAAUGUUGACUGGGACACUGCCGUUUACUGUGGAGCCAUUCAGUCUGAGAGCUCUGUACCAGAAAAUGGUAGACAAAGAAAUGAAUCCUUUCCCUACUCAGCUCUCCACAGCGGCUGUGAACUUCCUACGAUCUCUGCUGGAGCCAGAUCCUGCAAUGAGGCCAAACAUCCAACAAGCCUUAGCGAAUCGUUGGCUUAAUGAGAAUGGAAAAGUUCUGAAUAAUGUCACAUAUCCAAACAGAAUCCACAUAGAAGACAUCAGCCAGAGUGUGCUGCUCUACAUGACUGAAAAGCUUGGCUAUAAGAACAGUGAUGUGAUCAAUACCGUCCUCUCCAACCGGGCUUGCCACACUCUGGCCAUCUACAUCCUGCUUAAUAAGAAGCUAGAACGCUAUUUGGCAGGCCUUAGAAAGACAGAAGCUCCCGAUAAUGUGUACAUGAACCAUUGGUGUCGGAUAGAAAAAUACAAGUCGAACAAGGACACCUACGAGGACAAAAAGGUCAAGGAACAAGAAACGAAGGAAGAGCCUCUUCACCCACUUCUGAAAAAAUCAGAGAAAAAUUCCCCCACGUACAAAGAACCUCCUACCUGCCUUCUGACACAGAUACAGACCACAAAAGCUCUGCUGAAUGAUCACAAAGCUACCCAGGGUGGUGCACCAGAGAAAGAUUCUCGUAGUGGCUUGAGCCCCUUCCAUGAAUCAGCUACAGCCAAGACAGGUUGUGUCACCUCCUAUUCUCUGGAAUACCUUGAAAUACAGCAACCUGUUCCAAGGACCCCAAGGCUCACCAAGCGGCAAGAUUCACCUCAGCAAGAGCCCUCAAGCCCUGGCAGCCAGAAUUUGGAUUCUCCUUUAAUUCUGAACAUUGUGCAUUCUUUUGAAACCGGCGACAGAGAGGACCAAAUAGACCAAAUUUCUCCUACGCAUCAGUAUCGAAUGCUAAGCUCGCCAGUAAAUUUUGGUCGGAGAAGUUCCAGUGAAAGGACAUUGUCUCCACUCUUCCAGCCAGGGGGAACUUCUCCCAGUCCUACUAAAAGUCCAGUUCAUCCUACUCAAUUGUCCUUCACAUAUGACGAAAAGAGCAGUUCUUUUAGAGAGGAAGCUGUGUCUCCAACCCAGCUAAAUAAUGUCUCUAAUCCUCUGGGGAGCCCUAACUGUGUGAAAAGCAGAGGUCGGUUCCCCAUGAUGGGCAUUGGACAGAUGAUGCGGAAAAGGAAUCAGUCAGUAGGGUCACCAACAGAGAAGACGCUGGAAGCAAGAAUGCCUCAGCUGCAGCAAAUGAGCCCAACACAAAUUUCAUUCAAUAUAAUGGACCCUAUAAAUGGCCAGUGCUGAGGUGACUUUUCUGAAAAUCUAAAUUUGUGUAGUGCUGUUUUCUGGGACUUUCCCAUACAAGUA